AGGAAUUUGCUCCACUCUACCAUUCAUUAGCCAUUCCACCAUUUCACUUGCGUCCAUUCCAAUUGCACACGAUCAUCAAAUCAAACCAAAGCAAAAUUCAAAAUCACUGGGACCUGAAAAAGAGGAUAAAAUAUGGACGAUUAUACCAGAGAAAUGAUGGAUUUGAAAACCCUGGUUACUCGUACACUCGAGAAGAAGGGUGUUCUUGCUAAGAUCCGUGCUGAGCUAAGAGCUAGUGUGUUUGAAGCGAUUGAAGAGGAGGACAGGGUAAUUGAGAAAGAAGAAGGUCUACCUCCUGCACUAUUGGGUAACUGCAAUGAUCGUGCAAGACGACUUCAUAACUCUCCUUCAGGAAGGCUCCUAACUGCAUUGAUAUGUGAAUAUUUGGAUUGGGCUCAAUUGAACCACACAUUGAAAGUCUUCAUGCCGGAGUGUAAUUUGCCAAAGGAUUCCUGGAAAUCGGAGUUGCAAGAAUUUAGCAUCAAGAAUGGAUAUGAUCUUGAUAGGAAUGGAGACAGCGCUCCUUUGCUUUUGGGAGUCCUCGAAGGCUUUCUGAAGUACGAGAAUUUAUCUCAAGGAAGGGGUGCCGAUAGGAGAUUAACCACUCCAGAUGCUGAAUCUCUAUCCAACUUCGAAGCUCGAAAUGUUCGGAGACCGUCUUCAUCAACAGUCGCCGGAGGUUUACCUCCAUUGGGAAGGCCGGUCCCAGCUUCCCAAUCAUUGGAUCGAAGAGCUGGAUCAUCCAUGUCUGGCUAUAGGAAAGAUGAAUAUAAUUGGAGAUACAAAAAUAAUGAGCUUCCAGAUGACGUAGUCCGUGCUUCCUCUGCCUUAGAAAACCUUCAGCUGGAUAGGAAAGCUCGAAGCCUAACCACUUCAUGGCGGUAUACUGGGGAUGGAAGUUCCGAAGAUGAUAGCAGGGUAGACCAGAUUUAGUUCAAUGACUUGUACUUAUCCAACAAUAUAUCCUGCCACCUGUAUGGUUUUGUAUUUGUGUUUUUGUGUUCUUUCUUCUCUUUGAUUUCACGACUCUCACCUUUCACCCCCAUUUCAAUUUUCUCUUUUGGCGUUCUAAUAAAUUUUAUUCAGGAUUCGUUCCCGUGGAGUGUGAUAAUUGAAACAUUGAACAUUAUUAUUGUGGUGAUUAGUUGUAGUAAUGUCAGGUUUAUGUUUAACUCUCUUAUACUGAUGUGGCAAUUUUGUUUGGAUAUUUGUAGCUUCAACCCACAUUUACCUUUGUUAUUUUCUUUAGGGAAUCGGUGUGUAUUUGGAUCAAUAUAAAUGCACAAACAGUCAAAGUUUGUAUA